AUGGAAAACACCGAAUAUCGUCGGAAAACUGCCCAGAAGACCGACUCGAGCCAGGUCACCGGGAAUCUGAUGGCGCGCGAGUCCUUCACCCUGGACGACCCCGUCCCCAAGACGCCAACGGUUAAUAACCAUGGCUUCUGGGAGCUGCCGAAGCAGGACCAGAAGAACUUUGGUCUGCUCGUACUGCUCUACUUUCUGCAGGGUAUCCCCAUGGGGCUGGCGCAUGGAUCUGUGCCAUUCCUCCUCAAGGAGCAUCUGUCUUAUGGCGAGAUCGGAAUCUUCAGCUUGGCCGGAUACCCCUACUCGCUGAAGCUGCUCUGGAGUCCCAUCGUGGACGCAUGGUGGAGCCCCAAGGUUGGCAGGAGAAAGAGUUGGAUCCUACCUAUUCAGCUGAUAUCUGGGUUUGGCAUGUUGAUACUGGGGUCGGUGGUGGAGGACUGGAUGUCAACUACCGGAAAGCCAGGUGGCCCGACCGUUUGGAACUUCACCGGCUGGUGGUUCUUCCUCGUGUUCAUGUGCGCCACUCAGGAUAUUGCCGUGGAUGGUUGGGCUCUCACCCUCCUGACGCCUGGCAAUGUAUCCUACGCCUCGACUGCGCAGACUGUCGGUCUCACCGCUGGACAGUUCUUGUCGUAUACCGUUUUCCUGGCAUUCAACUCGAAGGACUUUGCGAACAAAUGGUUUAGAUCCGAACCCCUCGAGACUGGUCUGUUGAGUCUAGGCGGGUAUUUGACUUUCUGGGGUUGGGCCUACAUCUUCGUCACUCUCGCGCUCGCGGUCCUGAAGAAGGAGGAGAAAACCCGCAACGAGGAUGGUAUCUGGGACGUCUACAAGAUUAUGUGGGGUGUCCUGAAGCUCAAGAAUAUUCAAACCAUCAUUGUCGUUCACUUGAUUGCCAAGAUUGGUUUCCAAGCUAACGACGGCGUCACCAACCUCAAGCUUUUGGACAAGGGUUUUGGUAAAGAAAACAUGGCUCUUACGGUCUUGAUCGAUUUCCCCUUCGAGAUUGGGUUGGGUUACUAUGCCGGCAAGUGGUCUCAGGAGUAUACCCCGAUGAAGCUUUGGUGCUGGGGUUUUAUGGGUCGCUUGGCUGCUGCCAUCCUUGCGCAGUUCACCGUCAUGAUCUUCCCUGCCGGUGGCGUUACGCCUUGGUAUAUGCUGGUCGUUAUUGGAGAGCACAUCUUCUCUACUUUCACCAACACCAUCAUGUUUGUCGCCAUUUCUGCUUUCCAUGCGAGGGUUGCCGAUCCUGUGAUCGGUGGCACUUAUAUGACACUCCUUGCAACCGUCUCCAACCUGGGUGGCACAUUCCCCAAGUUCUUUGUCCUUCGCCUGGUUGAUUACUUCACAGAGGCGACAUGCUACCCACCAACGACCAAGGUUGACACUACAACCUUGAAGUCUCCGCUUGUCACCAAGCCCUUCUCUUGCGCGAUGCAGCCCGACAAGGAGUUAUGCAUCAACGGCGGCGGGUCUUGCGAGAUGCUCCGUGAUGGAUACUACAUUGUCAACAUCAUCUGUGUCAUUGUCGGCGUGGUCACCUUCACGAUGUACAUUCGACCCAAGGUUAUGCAUCUCCAAAGCCUGCCUCUGAGAGCUUGGAGACUCGCGCCUGGGCGAUAA